GAGAGAGAGAGAGAGGAGAGAGAGAGUGUGGUAUUAGAAAGUUUAAUUGACAAAUGAAAGUGUUUGGCGCUCGGACCCAGGAGGAAGACCGCUGUCAGAGAGAAUGAGCCGCUGUGUGUGGAGAUUGGAGACGUCUUCCCCCCGUGGGCUCGGACACUGGUGGUGGAGAGGAUGCCGAAGACUGAAUGGACAUUGAAGAAGUCUUGAGCUGAAGGCGGAGGAAGGUUGAAGCUCAGUCAACCGAUGAACAGCUGAAUCUUAUCAAGGGAGCGACGCUUGAUGAUUGGAGGAGGAGAUCAUCACCGAUAGGUUGGAAUGGAGGCGCAUGACGACAUCCUUGGUUGGGCAGAGGGCAGCGCGACAUACAACUGCAGAUAUAAGUCAAGUUAGGAGCACGGAAAGAAGGACGACACUAAAAGAAUGGCUUCAAGUACAGAAACGCACAUCGAAGACAAUGAUCCCCUGGAUGACCCACCUCUGGACUUUGCUGCUACUGAAAGCUUUCUACGACAAGCAAUGACUAUGAUUUUAGAAGAUGCAGUGAAGAAGGCCACUGAUGUCAGACAAAAGGUUUGUGAGUGGCAUCCCCCAGAGGAGCUGAAGGAGCUUCUGGAUCUGGAGCUUAGAGAUGGUGGAGAGUCUGAGGCAAGGAUCCUGGAGUUGUGCCGAGACGCCAUCAGAUACAGUGUCAAGCCCACUCAUCCUCAUUUCUUCAACCAGCUGUUUGCGGGGCUGGAGCCAUACUCCCUGGUGGCUAGCUUCAUCACUGAGGCCCUCAAACCCAGCCUGUACACCUAUGAGGUGUCUCCAGUCUUCACUCUGAUGGAGAAUGCUGUGCUCAAGAAGCUGAUACAGACAGUUGGCUGGGAGGAAGGAGGAGAUGGACUCUUUAAUGCAGGUGGGUCGAUGUCCAACAUGUACGCCAUGAACCUAGCCAGGUACCGUCAUUUUCCUGAAAUCAAGGAGCUUGGAAACUCUGCAGCUCCCCGGCUGGCGGUGUUCACAUCACAAGAGUGUCAUUACUCCAUCUCAAAAGCUGCAGCUUUAAUGGGAAUCGGCACAAAGAAUGUCUUUGUGGUUCCGUCUGAUAAGAGAGGAAAGAUGAUUCCCUCUACUCUUGAGGAGCAAAUCAAGUCUAUUAAAAGUGAGGGUGGAGUUCCCUUCAUAGUGAACGCCACAGCGGGGACCACUGUCCUUGGAGCCUUCGAUCCUAUUGACGAAAUUGCAGACAUCUGUGAGAAAUACAAACUGUGGCUGCAUGUGGAUGCAUGUUGGGGAGGAGCAGUUCUCAUGUCCAACAAGCACAAGCUCCUAAUGAAAGGCAUUCACAGAGUCGACUCUGUUGCCUGGAACCCUCACAAGAUGCUGAUGGCCUGUCUGCAAUGCUCAGCUUUCCUGGUCAGAGACAAAAGUCGUCUCCUCCAGCGCUGCCACUCUGCUCGGGCUUCCUACCUCUUUCAGCAGGACAAGUUCUACGACUUGAGCUACGACACCGGGGACAAGUCUGUCCAGUGCAGCAGGAAGCCAGAUGCCUUCAAAUUCUGGCUCAUGUGGAAGGCUUUGGGUGCCAGCGAGUUGGAGCAGAGGGUGGACAGAGCUCUCGCCAUGGCCAGGUAUCUUGCAGAUGAAAUUACAAAAAGGGAAGGCUUCCGCCUUUUAAUGGAGCCUGAAUAUGCAAAUGUUUGCUUCUGGUACAUCCCGCCAAGUCUGAGAGACCUGCCAGAUGGGCCAGAGUUCCAGGAAAAACUACACAAUGUGGCGCCAGUUGUUAAGGAGCGCAUGAUGAAGAAGGGCAGCAUGAUGGUGGGCUACCAGCCCCACAGAGGCCAAGCCAACUUCUUCAGGAUGGUGGUGAUCAGCCCUCAGGUCAGCAGGCAGGACAUGGACUUUGUCCUGGAUGAGAUACACAGCCUGGGAAAGGACUUAUGAUACUCUGACAGUUUCUCAGGGGAUCAUAUCUUCUGAAAGUUUAGAAAGAAUCAUUUGUGGAAUCGUGUCCCUGCAUAUCUUGUAUUAACAACUCUGAGUUGAAAUUUGUUCUUGGAAUAUAUUACUUUUGGCACUUUUUUCCUUCAAUGACUCUUAUAUUUUCAAUUGAGGAAGCUGUUGAUUUCACAAGUGUGAAAAGUGAUCUAAGUUUAGGGUGUGGGGUUUAGAGUUGCGUUAUGUAAGUUUUCAGCACACAGUGUUGUAAGAGUGCAACGUUAUUUCCAUGUCAUCUUUGAAUUCAUACUUUGUGUCAGAAAUAUUUUUUCAUGGAACUGGAAAAAAAAUAAACCAACUAUC